AGAAUGGAGCUAAAUCUCUGAAACUGUGUGUGUGAGUGGUGGGGAGGUGGUGCCUUUAAAGGAGGCUAGUCCAGUGAUGUGAACAGGUGUGCUCAUCCUUCCCCCGGGACAGCAGAGAGGGAGGAAAGCUGUGCUAAAUAUGGACAGGUAACCUUGGACCUGCAGCCACUGGAGGCAAGACUCACUACAGACUCACCUCAGACUCUCUACAGAACUACAGCAAAAUAACUAAACAGGAAACAUGUUGACGAAGGCCAUUUUCCCAUAUUGGCGCUUCAUUGUGACAGUGAUGACUCCACUGGUGCUGCUGCCUCUUCCACUGGUCAUCAGGACAAAGGAGGCAGAAUGUGCCUUUGUGCUGCUGGUGAUGGCCUUGCUCUGGGUCACUGAAGCCAUGCCUCUGGCCAUCACCGCCAUGUUACCUGCUUUCCUCUUCCCGCUCUUUGGCAUCAUGAAGUCAUCUCAGGUUGCCUCGGUGUACUUUAAAGAUUUCCACUUUCUGCUGAUCGGAGUCAUCUGUCUGGCCACCUCCAUCGAGAAGUGGGGCCUCCAUCGCAGGAUCGCUCUACGGCUGGUCACUCUGGUGGGAGUCAACCCUGCCUGGCUGAUGCUGGGUUUCAUGACGGGCUGCGCCUUCCUCUCUAUGUGGGUCCACAACACCUCAGCGGUCGCUAUGGUGAUGCCCAUUGUGGAGGCCGUGCUCCAGCAGAUCCUCAAGACAUCUACAGAGAGGGACUCAGGCGGAGAGGACAACCCCAACCUUCAACUGGACGAACCUGACAACCAUGUUCAAAUAAAAGAAACCAGUUGUGAAAAGCAGAACGUUGAUGCACCAGAAGUAAACCCCAAAGCAUGUCACAUUAACAUCUCAGAGGCUUCUUCUGAUCAGGCUAAAGCAGGUCAUAAAGUGGACCAUAUGUUGUGUAAAGCCAUAUGUCUGAGCAUCGCCUACUCGUCCAACAUCGGGGGCAUCAGUACACUGCUAGGAACCUCCCCUAACCUCAUCUUCUCUGAAUACCUUCACCAGAUGUACCCAGAAUGCAACAGUGUGAACUUCGGGAACUGGUUGCUGUUGUGUUUGCCCAUUAGUGUGAUCAUGCUUCUGCUGACCUGGGCCUGGCUCUACUGGCUCUUCAUUGGCUCAGAUUUCAGCUUUCUGUGGAAAUGUGGAGGCCAGCAGUCGGAGAAAGAGAAAGCAGCAAGAAAAGUGUUAGAAGAAGAAUACAAAACACUAGGGCCAAUGAGCCCCCAGGAGAUCUUCACUACAAUCAUCUUCAUAUCCAUGGUGCUGCUGUGGUUCACCCGAGAUCCUGGCUUCAUUCCAGGCUGGGCAUCCCUCUUCCCAGAGCAAAAUUCGGGCUAUAUCACUGAUGCCACUGUGGCCCUUCUACUAGGUGUGGUCUUCUUCAUUGUACCCGCCCAUGGACCCUACAAGAAAUAUGACACCAUGAUUUCGUGGAGGGAGUUCCAGGCCUCGAUGCCAUGGACAGUGGCGUUGCUUGUCGGUGGAGGGUUUGCGUUGGCAGAGGGCACAAAGGAGUCGGGCCUGUCGACCUGGGUGGCAGAGCUGCUCACUCCUCUGGGGGACCUCCCAGUGCUGGCUACCAUCACAGUGGCCUGUAUCAUCGUCACCAGUUUAACUGAAGUGGCCAGUAACGCAGCCACCAUCACCAUCUUCCUCCCCAUCCUCUCUCCUCUGGCUGAAGCGAUCCACGUGAACCCUUUGUAUGUCAUGAUCCCUGCCACUCUCUGCACAUCUUUCUCCUUCCUGCUCCCAGUGUCCAACCCUCCCAAUGCUGUUGUUUUCGCAUAUGGACACCUCCACGUAAAGGACAUGGUCAAGGCGGGUCUCGGGGUGAAUGUGAUUGGUGUCUUGUGUGUGAUGUUGGCUAUAGUAGCAUGGGGAGUCCCUCUCUUCUCCCUGGACACUUACCCAGAAUGGGCCCCGGUCCUCCCCACAUUCAACUCCACAGCACCUUAACUUUUUUAAUAGGGAAAUCACUGUUCAUUUACAUAUCUGAGUUUUUGUGGAAUUUCCGUACCAUGUUUCUAUGUAAUUGUUUUUGCACUAUUAAUUGUCAUGUAUAUAGUUGUAUAGUUAUAGUCUGUCGUAAAUAAAGCCACUUGUU